UUCGUGAAUUGUGUAUAAUUUUUAAUGAACUAAAUUUGAAAAUAAAUAUGGAAAGUAUUUGCUUAAUAUGUUUAAGUAACGAUCGUAAAUUAUUUCGUAUAUCAACACCAUUGGAGGAGAUUAUGAGAAUGAUACUACAGGAAAUUGAAAUAUCGAAGUUAUGUUGGGAGUGUUUAGCAAGUUUGAAACAUUUAUUAAAAUUAAGAAAAAGAGCAUUGAACUCUAAAGAUAUAUUGGAUAAACAUUUUAAGGUAAAUAAAACACCUAUAUCUGUACAAAGCAGUUCCAAUUUGGGCACAUGUUAUAUAUUUACAUUUUCACUUGGUGAUAAUCAUCAAUUUAUUGAAGAAAAUACCAAAAAUAUUGAAUCAAAAUUAUCUGGCAACACUGAAUUAAUUAACCCAGAAUUAGGCAAAGGUAUUGAAUUAGGGAUGUCCAAAAAUAGUUUAUUAGAUAGAGAUUUGAUCAAAGACAAAUGUGUUGAUACAAAUGUGAAAAGUAUAGUUAAAAGAACAAAAAAGAAGAAAGUAAGAAGUAAAAAGAAGAGAGUAAUAACAAACAAACAAUAUAGUUGCAGUGAGUGUAAGGAAAAGUUUGAAAGCAGAGGUAAAUAUGAAUACCACAGACAGAAGCAUCGUGGCAAAGUGAUAUGUUCAGUGUGCAACAAAGAGUUCUCUAGCCGCAGUUCUCUGUCUACCCACCAUGCUACUGUACAUACUACAACGCCUAGAGAUAAUAUUUUCAGGCAUUACUGUCAGCCAUGUGAUAAAUUUUUCAAAACAAGUUGCAGUUACAACAAACAUUUACGUAUUUCAGCACGACAUAUUGAUCCACAGUUAUUACGUUAUUGUUGUCCCGCUUGCGGCAAAGGAUUUCUAACAUUUAAAGAAAGAGAUAGACAUAAUGAGACGGUACAUCUUCAAAAGAACAGGCUACAAUGUGCAAGAUGUCCGAGAAAGUAUUGCAGUGUUCGUGCAUUGAGGUGUCAUAUGAGACGCCAUGUUGGUGGUAUCACUAAACGGAAUUAUGUUUGUGAAAUAUGUGGCAUCGGCUUUAAGGUAAGUUUAUAACUAUACUAGCUUUUACCCG